UAGACUAGAUGACGUAUAUAAUUAAGUCGCAGCAAACCGUAUCCGAUAACCGAGAUUUCAGACGGGAACUAACAUUCGUGCUCACAGUUGUUACAACUAAAGAUGCCCCCCGAUGAGGCGGUGGUGUUUAUGGCAGCCCGCUGACGGAGCUCUGACACCGCUGAUUGAGUGUAUGGGUGUGCUGCGUGUUAGCAGCUGCACUAUAACGCGGACUAACAACUGACAUAAACGGCCAAGACCGAAUCUGCCAUAUAAACGCCAAAGACUCCGACUAUCAACACGAAAUUACAUUAGCCGAAGUGAUUUGGUGCCACAAGCUAGAACCUCAUCAAGCUAACCAGUGGGUAAGGUUAGCCGAGUAGCUAGCAAGACUAUUUUUAGUGGACCUGUGUGCCAUCAUCGGUAGGAAAGUCUGGUCGAUUGGUAUUGACAGUUGAGUCAGAGAAGCGUUUGUAUUUCCUAUGAUCUCUCAACGCUAGUUGUCUGUGCCAAAAUGUCCACUGUUUCAUUGGAUAAAGAAUUACAGGAGAGACUGAGAGAGGCGUCUGCCAUCGGGGAUAUCGACGAAGUGCGGACAUUGGUGGAGAGUGGAGUCAAUGUUAAUUCACAGAACGAAAUAAAUGGAUGGACAUGCCUGCACUGGGCGUGCAAGAGGAAUCAUAAGCACAUAGUGUCCUACUUACUCAGUUGUGGAGCAGACAAAGAAAUCCUCACGGCCAAGGAUGAGCUGGCCUCGCAGCUCACGUCCAAACCAGAGAUCAAACGACUGUUAGGAGUUGAGAUGGAGGAAGUGCCUGAAGUCAAGGAGUCUGAGUUGCCAAUCAUUCCAAACUACCUGUCUAACCCGCCCUUCAUGUACUCUAAGAUGGACAACAAGUCAGAGGUCAUCCUGGAACAGCACCUUACACAGAACGGUUCUGGAGAACAUGCUGAAGACGCACAUAGUGACCCAGCCUCACCGGCUCAUGAGCCUCAGAUGUCACAGAGUCUGAUCUCUGAUGGCCCCGCUCCUCCCCCAAACCACAUCACCCACAGCCAAGCCCAGACUGGGGAAUUUAUUCCUGUGACUGAGCAAAAUGGUGUGUCACCCAGAACGGCUUCAUCUCACAACCACACUGUGGUUAACUGCACAGUGCCCAUGGACUUGUCAGUUGAACCUCACCUUGUCAACCAUGCUGACUAUCCACAUGCCAUGGCUCACAAUGGCACCAUGUGCUCACCUCCAUUAGCCUCACCCAGCCCCAGCUUGGCCAGUGGGAGCCAGGUCCAGGCUCCAAUGGCCAGCACUAACCCAACUAUGAGUAGGCAGCAGUCUAUCCAACAGCACGGCCAGGCUGGGGGGCCGAUGCCAGCUUUCCAGCCUUUCUUCUUCACUAGCACCUUCCCUGUCAAUGUGCAAGAGUUGGUGCUGAAGGUACGUAUCCAGAACCCCCAUGCACGAGAAAACGACUUUAUUGAGGUGGAGCUGGACCGCCAGGAGCUCACCUAUCGCUCUCUCCUGAGGGUCUGUUGCCGAGAGUUGGACAUCAGCGCUGAGCAUGUGGAGAAGAUCCGCAAGCUGCCAAACACCAUGUUGAGAAAGGACAAGGACGUGGCUCGGCUGCAGGACUUUCAGGAGCUGGAGGUUGUGUUGGAGAAGGCAGAGGGCCUGUCCCUUUUCUCUGGACCUGGGGGCCUAACAGACAGACCCUGCUACAACAUGAAGGCCUCUCGCCUCACCUACUAGAGCUACCACAGAGCCCCAGUUCUCCUGCUUAUGAUGGGCUUCUGUAGCUUCCCUCAAACAACCACAACUAGUUGCCUGUCAAGGUCCCUUGUUACAGCUUUGUUUGGCUUUGGUGUUUCACCAACUUCCUGACUUGGAUUUGUUUCCCCCCUGCAAGUUCUGUAGCUUUUGUCCCCCUGUCCUCCUCUGGCCCUCCUGCUGCUUUAAUGUACCCAACCAGUUCUAACAGUUACUGAUGCAUGGUGUACUGGAUUCUGUGCCCCUCUCUCCUCUCUUUGUCUCUUUCUCUCCUCCCAUUGCACUUUUGUGCCAAGGCUCCAGUGGGACAUCAGAGGUGGACACUAGCUUGUCUUCCUAACAGACUGGACUUGAAUGGGAUUCUCCAAUAGCCUUACAUGGACACAUCCCUAUACCGGCUGUGAACUGUGGUCACAGAGGAGAAUGCUCUGAGAAAACCGAGUGCAGAGGGCGACAGGAAGGAUUUAUAUAACACAUCAUCAGUCCACAGAACAGUUUCAGCUCAGUGGACUUGGACUUCCAGCAAACUGACCGAUAGUGUUAUCAGAUAUUCUAGCGGGCGUACUCACUUUCAUACAUGCUGUAGGCAUAAACCUUAGUGUCUUUCCUGCAGAGGGCCUCCAUUACUGUCCUAAUUCUUAAAGUGGGGUAAUCUCACACCCGGUGAGAUUUAGGUAACUUUGAAGAAAUAGUCAUUUUAUAUGCUGAUCACACAUGCUUUAAUCUACACUAUAUCCACACAGGGAUGGAUAGGAGUAGUGAUUUCCCCCCCAAUAUUUGAAUCAAUCCCAGUCAGCUGUACACUGUGGAAAAGAGAUCAUUAGUUUUGUUUGAAUUGUCCUCUUUUGUUUCAGAGAUAUGUGCAGUAAAUUGAAGCAGAACUCGUGUUUUUUUUUUUGUCAACACUGCAUUAUCACUUCUGCUUUGCAGGGUGUGUUACAAUACAUAGUCACCACAACACUUUAACUGUCGAAUGUGAAGUAUUUCUUUUCAAUUCUUGACUUAAGGUGAUUGUUAUUAAUAAAGAAAGGCCAUGAGUCGCUUCUGAGAGUAACAAGGCUCGAGUCUCAGCACAGGUUGUAGAUGUGGUUCUCGAUUUGUCAUAUACAUUAACCAUUCUGUUUGAUAUUUUUAGGUGCUGUCUUUCUGUUUAACUGUAAUUAGAAUCCAAACCAAAAACUAACAUAGCCAGCAAACUGACAGUGCUUCGGAAAGGAAUGCAGCCUGGUUAGAUGGAUGGGUGUGUAUGUGAGUGUGAGACAAUAUUUUAUGAUUGAGUGCUUCCUUAUUCUUCCGGCACUAAUCUAGUUUUUAUUUCUGAUAUCUCGUUUAGACUCUCACCUCAGUUUAAACCUCGGUUAUCUAUAUGGCGACUAGAUA